UCCCGGUGGGUUUUCAGCCCCAGUAGCCCCACCGUUAACCAAAAAUCCCUCUCCACCGGCACUUCCCGGUCACUCCAUUUUCCGUUACGAGCAACUUUCCUCCAUCCCCAUAUAAACCUAAUCUCUCUGUUUCUGAGACUGAGAGUAAGAGAGGGAGAGAGAGAGAGAGAGAGUUGGGGUUUAUGAAUUAUGGCUAUUGAUAUAUCGGACCCCGAAUCGUGCGGCGAAGAUCGAACCAACGCUCUCGUGGCCAACAAGCGUUGCUGCUUCUGCUUCCCCUGCUUUGGCUCCCGUCGAUCCUCCGAUGGCGGAUUGCCCUGGUGGCAGCGGGUACGAUCGAACCAGGUCGGCGAGGACAGGUGGUGGUUCCGAGGCCUUGUUGCCCUCAAGAAACUCCGAGAAGUGUCCGAGAUCGUCGCCGGUCCGAGAUGGAAGACCUUCAUCCGGCGGUUCAACCGGAGCCGGAGCGGAGGCGGCAGUGCUGCGGGUCGGCAUGGAGGGAAAUUCCAAUACGAUCCUCUGAGUUACGCACUGAACUUCGACGAGGGACCGGGGCAGAACGGUGAUUUCGACGCCGACGACGAUUACCCCUUGUUCCGGAACUUCUCGAGCCGGUACGUUUCGGCUCCGAGUCACGUGCCAAUGAAAUCGUCGUUGUCGGCUUUGGACUCCAGUAGGGACGUGGCGGUGGUUGGCUAAUUAUAGCCGGAUGAGCUGGCGCGUUGACUGCUGGACGUUGGCGUGGCGGCGCCAACUCGUUUUUUUUUUAAAAAAAAAUAUAUAUAUUAUGGCUUUCGAAAGUGGAUAGUAUUUAGGUAUUUAUUUAUUAAUUUUUUUGUCUGUGAGUUGUGAGGUUGGAUAGUGUAUAAAAAUGUUUAGUGAAAAUAAAAUGCUAUUUACUUA